AUGCGGAUAUUGCAGGGCAUUAUAUACCUACAACUCUGCCGUCCUCCUGCUAAUUAUCUUGAGAUUCUUCCUCUUAAUCUUUUUUUCGCAAUCGUGCCCGACCCCUUCUCUGCUCUCGAUUCUCCGCAGGAACGCUCCAUCUCCACCUCGAGUCAGACUGCUGAGCUCAACGAAAAGAAUGCUUCCACAUCCACAUCCACCACCACCCCUGGGCCCAUUCCAGACUGGUCCAUGGAGAAGCUUCGACAGCGAGGAAGCGCGCCCAAGAAUCAAGCCCAGCAGCAGCGGACGCGCAAUGAGACAGUUGCCUGGGCCGCAAGAAGUAUGUCUCGCGAGACGGUCACGGCUGAGGACACCAGCUUGAAUUUGUUCGGGGUUAGCUUAGACGGGUCGCAACUCGCGCUCCAGCUGAGCCCGGACCACCGGGUGUUAUUCAAAUAG